UCGCGUUUGGUAGCAAAAUUAAAUAAAUGGCUUAUAUUACUCGAAAGUGGAAGACCUUCACGGUUUGCAUGUGUAUCCUGCUGUAGUGAUUGCAUUAUAGCAUAUAAUACGGUUGAACGGAUGCCGAGUGAGUUUGUCUGAAGUGGUGAACAGAGUCGACUAAACGUACAUGUUUGUGGCAAGUGUGAACUAUAACGGGAAAAGCAACGACCAGGAAUUAGGAAAUAACGAAAUGCUACAGAUCCGGCAAAGAAGCACGUGUAGUGAGGAAGUAAUGAACAGUGCAACAUUAAGAUCGGUAUUAUUAACAUUGUUGUGUUGUCUUUACGCGGUGCCACUGACAGUAUCAUCGGAAAUUAUAGCGAUAACCGACCCAAAGUUUAGUGCUCCUAUUAUAAACGUGACGGCCGCCGUGGGACGAGAAGCAACGCUAACAUGUGUUGUCCAUGAUCUAGGUGCAUAUAAGGUGGCAUGGCUAAGGGUGGACACGCAGACUAUUCUGACCAUUCAGAGUCAUGUCAUAACCAAAAACAAGCGGAUUGGCAUAAUCUUCACCGAAAAUAAAACGUGGCAACUUCGGAUACGAGACAUUCGCGAGAGCGAUAAGGGCUGGUAUAUGUGUCAAAUCAACACCGAUCCGAUGAAGAGCCAAAUGGGAUAUUUGGAUGUUGUAGUUCCUCCUGAUAUUCUGGACUAUCCUACCAGUACGGACAUGGUGGUGCGGGAAGGAAGUAACGUAACAUUACGGUGUGCAGCAACUGGAUCUCCUGAACCCACGAUAUUGUGGCGCCGAGAAAACGGAGAAAAUAUGUCAUUACAGGAUGGACAACUGGUACAAUCCGUUGAAGGACCAACAUUGAGCAUACCAAGGGUCAACAGGUUGCACAUGGGUGCCUAUUUAUGCAUAGCCUCGAAUGGAGUCCCGCCGUCCGUUAGCAAGAGAGUCAUGCUAAUUGUUCACUUUGCUCCCAUGAUGUCGGUGCAGAAUCAACUGGUUGGCGCUGUAGAAGGACAGCGUAUGACUCUUGAAUGCCAAUCAGAGGCAUAUCCAAAGUCAAUCAAUUACUGGACUCGAGAGAAGGGUGAUAUAGUGCCUCAAGGUGGUAAAUACGAACCGGUUCUGAUAGACAACGCAUACAAAGUGGUGAUGAAGCUGAGCAUCAAGGUUGUGAGCGAGGCCGAUUUCGGAACAUACAAGUGUAUCGCCAAAAAUUCCCUCGGGGAAACCGACAGCGGUAUCAAGCUCUACAAGCUUCCAAAAAGUGCAAUCAGCUCGGUGGAAUUAUACGAAGGACGAAGAAAAAAUAAAUCCCGAAAAGGUCACACGUUUCACGAAACAAACGACGUUGUCGAAGAUGGCACGGAAAGCACAAGCAAACGGAAAGAUCUGAUUGUCGGUGGAAUGAAUGAUGAAAGCUAUGGAAUAUCAAACAUGGCUGUGUCUCGGCGAUUACCCUUCCAGGUCAAAACAUUGUUCUUCGUGCCGUUUGCGCUACUUUGCACCGCUUUUUUGUCGACAGUAUGACGCUUGUAAUGAAUAGGCUGCGAUGAGCGAAUAAAUAGGGUCACUUACCCAUAAGUAGUUGUUUCUUGUAAUCGAGAAUGUUGAAUGAACGAGAAUGCCUGUACGUUUAGCUAAAUUAUAUACAAUAGAAAGAAUGCAGAAUAACUGUUUUGUAAAUAAGACAAAACUGCAAGUGCACGAAAAACACUUGUGAAACAAAAGCAAACAAGAAACAUAUCGUUAGGUAAUCAGAAUGUUAUAACACAAAAUUUAGGAUAUAAUUAUUCUAUGCUAAUGUUUUAUUGUAUAUUGGAAUUAAGAGAAAAACAAGCAGUACGAAAAAGCAAAUUUAUCAUGCUAUCAAAGACUUAUGGAGGCUAUAAUACUCAUAACUGUUAAGGCUUAGAAUAAGAACAGUAGGGAAAUAUCCCACAAAGUGCAAAAGUGAGCGGCUUGUCAAUGUACAUGUAAUGAUUAUCCAACCAAAAUUGAUCAAUAAGA